GCCACUGACAACCAUGGCAGCAACGAUGGGUGGUGUGGUCCUGGACAGUGGUGUCUGGGACACGUUGCGGCAGGGGCAAGAGGGUGGAGGCGACAAGAUGCACGUGACACAGAAUGCCGUCACAAAGCAGGGGGCCGUCGACGUGUUGGUGCGGAGCGAGACGCUUGCCGGGUAUGGCGACAAAACCUUUUCAAACAAGCCCAAGAAGGAGGGCAAGGCUACCUCACAAAAGGCCAGCGGGCGCUGCUGGAUCUUUGCUGCCCUCAACUGUAUUCGGGCGGAGAUGCGGAGCGCUUAUAAACUGCCCGAAGAUUUUGAACUCUCGCAAUCCUACCUCUUCUUCUUUGAUAAGCUGGAGCGGUGCAGUUACUUUUUCAAUGCCAUUCUUGACACGCGCCACCUGCCCCUGGAUAGCCGCGAGGUCCAGUUUCUCCUCUCCAAUCCGCUGAAUGACGGCGGUCAAUGGGACAUGGUGGUCAACCUGAUCGAGAAGUACGGCGUCGUACCAAAAAGUGCCUACCCCGAAUCGCAUGCCUCGUCCAACUCGCGGGCCAUGAACCGCUUUUUGACCAGCCUGCUGCGGCAGUACGCGCGUGAGCUGCGGGAGCAGCAGGGCGAUACACAGGCCGCCCAGCGAGUGUAUCUGCAGCACAUCUACCGCGCUCUGUGCAUAUACAUGGGCACACCGCCUCAGUCUUUUUCAUGGCGCUACUAUGACAAGGACGGGGCCUUUCACGUGGUACCUGACCUCACACCCGUGUCAUUUUACCGUGAUCACGCGCGCGUGUCCGUGAAGGACUAUGUCAGCCUGAUUCACGACCCCCGAAACCCCUACGGCGCUGUGUACUCGGUCAAGUACCUUGGCAAUGUCCUGGGUGGUUUGCGUCCCGUGGUGCGUCAUCUCAACGUCGACAUGGCCGACAUCCGCCGCUACUGCGUUCAGCAGCUCGAAGCCCAACGCCCGGUCUGGUUUGGUUGCGACUCUGGCAAGGAUUUUUAUCGCAAGGUUGGCGUGUGGGAUGAUGCCCUUUUCGACUACGAGGCUGUGUUCGAUGUCGCGCCAAGCUUCAGCAAGGCGGAGCGGCUUUUGUACGGCGAAUCUCUCAUGACACACGCAAUGGUUAUCACCGGUUUUCAUCGCGAUACCGAAACUGCUCCCGUCACCAAAUGGCGUAUCGAGAACAGCUGGGGCACCGAACAUGGUGACAGCGGCUACUGCACAAUGUCCGACAGCUGGUUCGAGCAGUUUGUGUAUCAGGUGGUGGUGCCCCGCGACCAACUCGACCCAGAGCACCAGCGCAUUCAUGCUUCGGACGAGAUGACCGUACUCCCCCCCUGGGACCCCAUGGGUGCGCUUGCCGUGACUGAGUAA